AUGGCCUUCGGGCACAGCGGCGGUGGGGAAGAACACGUAGUGGAGGGACACAGCCAGGGCCAGCUGGGCGAUGCAGAAAUCGAUCACGGAAAUUUAGAUGCGACCACCCCCGCCUUCGUGUUCUCGCACGAUCCCAAUCACGACGAUGCGCUCAUGACAAAUGACGAUGAUUCCGCGCACGAGGCGAAGCGGGCCGACAUGACCAAGACCUUUUUCCAGGCCUUCUUCGACUACCCGACCAUCAACGCGCAGGAUUACCAAGUGCUCGUGGACGAGAUCGAUUUUCUCUACGACAACGUGGUGCCUCGACGAUUCAGGCAGCGCAAGCAGGAGCGGGCCAAAUACCGCCUGAACGAGCUGCGCGAGGCUCUUCAGCGGAGCAGCGAUGAAGCGGCCGGCAUCUUGCCGCCGCCUCCCCCGCCGGUGCCCGCUGACCACCACGGAGGCGUCCACGAAGCGCCGCCAGCGCCCCUCCCCGAGAAGUCGCGCAAGAGGCGCAAGAUCGAGUUCGACAAGAAGGCCUGGACCAGGCGGGAGCGAACGAGAAGCUACUGGCUGGGUAUGCGCGGACCCUUCUUCGCCGCCCACUCCGACGCGUUCCAGAAGCUGGAGAAGCUGGUCGGCCAUUCGUUCCCGCACCUCAACGACCAGUCGUUCCGUGCCGCCUGGGAGCGCGAAGUGGCCCGACGGCAGCAUGCGGCGACCUUGCUCCUCUCCACGCCCAAGGCCAGCACCAGUAACAAGUCGACGCCCUCCAACCCCAACGCCCCCCACCACUUUGUCCACUUCGUGUUCGACGUGCCGGGCGUCGUGGAGGAGCCCAAGUUCACCUUCAGCAAGGCCACCCGCAAGUGGCAGCUCGAGGGAACGCGAUCAAGUCCGGGAGUGCACUACCUGACGCAGCUGCGAGCCGCCGGGCAGUUCGUGGUCCGCGGCACGCUUCCUGCGAGCGUCGACGUUAACGCCGUUCCCAAAUCCUCCUUCGGCAACGGUGUCCUCCACAUCACCAUCGCCGACCAUGUCGAAUAA